AUGGCCAACAACAAUCACAACCAUAAUCACUACCAGGCCUCCACCUCCACCACCGCCGGCGCCGAUGGACUUGCUCAUCGAGUUAACAGCCCUAGAUUUUCUGGCCCGAUGACUCGCCGUGCUCAAUCAUUCAAACGGUUUGACUCGGUACCUGAAAAGAAGCAGACCCGUUUGACACAACGGAUUCAAACAAGGAGAAGCGGCUCCAGUGGCGGAUCCGGUAACGUUGAUUUUGUUGAGGCGUUAGGAUUAGGCGGAGUAGAGAAGAAAAAACUGCUAGGACACUGGAUGUUCUUCCUGUUUUGUGGCUUCUGUUUGUUUUUGGGAAUCCUGAAGGUUUCUGUUAAUGGAUGGUUUGGAUCUGCCAUCGAAAGAAUUGGGUUUGAUCAGGAUUACUGGGAUUCCUCAAUCUCUUAUAAGAACUUAAGGGAUCAUAUAUCUCACGACAAUAGAUAUCAAGAAAAUAAAAAUCAUGUUGAAGUUGAAGAAAACGAUGUGCACAAAACUUUAAAAAUGGUAGCUUCAGGUAUUGUUGCUGAUCAGUAUCAUAAAGAUGAUUUCACAGGUGUCUGGAGUAAACCCAGUAGUGGUAAUUACAGUCAAUGCAUUGAUCGUCCAAAAAGUCAAAAGAGAUUGGAUGACAAGACCAAUGGUUACCUUCUUAUUAAUGCAAAUGGAGGCUUAAAUCAAAUGAGAUUUGGGAUAUGUGAUAUGGUUGCUGUUGCAAAGAUUAUGAAGGCUACAUUAGUUCUUCCUUCCCUUGAUCACACUUCCUAUUGGGCUGAUGAAAGUGGAUUCAAAGAUCUAUUUGAUUGGCAACAUUUUAUUGAAACCUUAAAAGAAGACGUACACAUAGUUGAGGAAUUGCCACCUGUUUAUGCUGGAAUUGAACCAUUUGCCAAGACUCCAAUUUCAUGGUCAAAGGUUAGUUAUUACAAAAUGGAGAUUGUUCCACUUCUGAAACAUCACAAAGUUGUGUAUUUCACACAUACUGAUUCCAGAAUCGCCAACAAUGGAAUCCCGAAUUCCAUUCAGAAGUUAAGGUGUCGUGUCAAUUACAAUGCAUUGAAGUAUUCUGCACCCAUUGAGGAAUUAGGAAAAACUUUGGUUGCAAGAAUGAGACAAAAUGGAAGCCCUUAUCUUGCAUUGCAUUUGAGAUAUGAGAAGGAUAUGCUAGCAUUUACAGGGGUGUAG